AUGAAGAGAAGGACAGAACCUGAAUUUAGCAGCCCCCAAAAGAAGCAGAAGAAGAGGAUAGAAGACUUGGGAUUAACCCUCAGUUCUACUUCAGAUGACGAAACUCAAUUUAGUAAUCAUACUACUCAGGAGUCUUCCAGUAGCAGCAGUGGGUCUGACAGUGAGAAUGAUGAAAAAAGACCAGUCUUCAGCAAUGAGUUCAAACAAGACUCUCUUGUGGAGGGUACUUCAUCUCGCUACUCAAUGUAUAACAGUGUCUCCCAAAAGCUCAUGGCCAAGAUGGGCUUCCGAGAAGGAGAAGGUCUGGGAAAAUAUGGCCAAGGCAGGAAAGAUAUUGUUGAGGCCUCCAAUCAGAAGGGUAGGAGAGGCUUUGGGCUGACCCUCAAAGGAUUUGAUGGGGAGCUCAAUAUUGAUUGGCAGGAUGAGCCAGAGCCCAGUGCUUAUGAGGAGGUGGACUGGUGCCUUGAGUGCACCACAGAAAUUCCUGACGCCCAGGAGCUGAAGGAGUGGAUGACUGUGGGGAAGAGGAAGAUGGUGAUAGAAGAUGAAACAGAGUUCUGUAGUGAAGAACUUUUACGUAAUGUCCUGCAGUGCAAGAGUGUAUUUGAUGAGCUGGAUGGAGAAGAGAUGCGUCGAGCCCGAACGAGGUCUAACCCCUAUGAGAUGAUCCGUGGAGUUUUCUUCCUGAACAGGGCUGCAAUGAAGAUGGCAAAUAUGGACCAUGUCUUUGACUACAUGUUUACAAACCCUAAGGACUUCCAUGGGAGGCCUUUGAUAAAGGAGCGAGAUGCAGAGCUGCUCUACUUUGCUGAUGUGUGUGCUGGUCCUGGAGGCUUCUCUGAGUACGUCUUGUGGAGGCGGAAGUGGCAUGCGAAAGGAUUUGGCAUGACCUUGAAAGGACCAAAUGAUUUUAAACUAGAGGACUUCUAUUCUGCUUCCAGUGAGCUCUUUGAGCCUUAUUAUGGUGAGGGAGGGAUUGAUGGAGAUGGAGACAUCACUCGCCCAGAGAACAUUACUGCUUUCCGGAAUUUUGUUUUGGACAAUACUGAUCACAAGGGAGUGCAUUUCUUAAUGGCUGAUGGGGGUUUCUCAGUGGAGGGUCAGGAGAAUCUGCAAGAAAUCCUAAGCAAACAGCUCAUGCUUUGCCAAUUCCUUACGGCACUGUCCAUUGUCCGGACAGGAGGACAUUUUGUCUGCAAAACCUUUGACCUGUUUACUCCUUUCAGUGUGGGACUUGUUUAUCUGCUGUAUUGCUGCUUUGAGCGAGUGUGCAUCUUUAAACCUGUGACAAGCCGCCCUGCUAACUCAGAGAGGUAUGUGAUAUGCAAAGGAUUAAAGCUAGGGAUUGAUGACGUGCGGGACUAUCUCUUCAUGGUGAACAUCAGACUCAACCAGCUGCGCAACUCUGAUGUGGAUGUGAAUCUUGUCGUCCCAUUGAACGUGAUCAAAGGCGACCAGGAUUUCUACGAUUACAUUGUCCAGUCCAAUGAAAACCACUGCAAAGUUCAGAUAAAGGCACUAGCCAAAAUUCGUGCCUUUGUUCAAGACACGACACUGAUUGAACCACGGCAGGCUGAAAUCCGAAAGGAGUGUCUCCAGCUAUGGGGGAUUCCUGAUCAGGCUCGUGUUGCUCCUUCAUCUUCAGAUCCCAAGUCCAAGUUCUUUGAGCUGAUCCAGGGCACGGACAUCGACACCUUCAGUUACAAACCCACUCCUCUGAAUUCCAGUACCCUGGAGAAAAUUCGCCAAGUGUUAGAUUACCGGUGUAUGGUGUCUGGAAGUGAGCAGAAGUUCCUCUUGGGGCUCGGGAAAUCCCAGAUCUACACCUGGGAUGGUCGCCAGUCAGAUCGCUGGACAAAACUGGAUUUGAAAACUGAGCUGCCACGAGAUACUCUUCUCUCAGUGGAGAUUGUUCAUGAGCUGAAAGGAGAGGGGAAAGCCCAGCGAAAAAUCAGUGCCAUCCACAUCCUUGAUGUCUUGGUGCUGAAUGGCAAUGAUGUUCGAAAACAGCAUUUCAACCAGAGGAUUCAGCUGGCGGAGAAGUUUGUCAAAGCUGUUUCUAAACCUAGCCGGCCAGAUAUGAACCCCAUCCGAGUGAAGGAAGUAUACAGAUUGGAGGAAAUGGAGAAGAUUUUUGUGAGGUUGGAGAUGAAAAUCAUCAAGAGUUCAGGGGGAGUACCCCGGCUGUCCUACACUGGCCGAGAUGACCGGCACUUUGUGCCCACAGGACUCUACAUCGUACGGACUGUGAAUGAUCCUUGGACAAUGGCAUACAGCAAAAAUUCCAAGAGGAAAUUCUUCUUCAACAAAAUGACCAAGAAAGCGACAUAUGACCUCCCUUCUGAAUCCAUUGCACCCUUUCACAUUUGCCAUUACAGCCGCCUCUUCUGGGAGUGGGGGGAAGGUGUCAAAGUGCACGACUCUCAGAAAAGGCAAGAUCCAGAGAAGCUAUCAAAGGAGCACGUCCUGUCUUUCAUCCAAGCGCACUACCCCUAA